CAUUAUAAAAUCUGAGCAAUUAAAAAUAUUAGUAUUUGUGAAAACGGUAGAGGCCCGUCGUCCGAGCAGAGAGUGAGAGACAAUUGAGGGAUUCAAGGUAGUCCAGGUUAACCAUCAUUAAAAAAAAGCCUGGACGGUUUUUAGAAUGACUAGGAUUCAAGGCUGUCCUCCAAUUUUACUAGUGCCGUUCCCCAGUUUGCGAAGCCUGAAAAGGUCCUACACUGUAAACAUUGGAAACAGAUUCAGAUACAGAAUAAUGCAUUAAAGAUAAAAAUAGCAGAAUGCUGCGAGUGUGUUUUCUCCUUCUGUUGGGUUCAUCCCUGUGUACGGCGAUGUGUGAUCUGCCUCUGAGUCUCUGGUGCUCUUCAGGGGAAACUGCCAAGAGUUGUGGGGUGCAUGAGCAAUGUCGACAGGCCAUGAGAAAAGCCCCUGAUGCCCCACCAGUGAACCUGACCCUGUACUUUGAGUCACUGUGCCCAGACUGUAAGAAUUUCUUCGCCACUCAGCUGUACGAUACUUGGGAAGCCCUCGGGACGGAUGUACUCAAUCUUACCCUCGUUCCAUAUGGCAACGCCCGGGAGACCAAAGAUGGCGACAAGUGGAAGUUUGAGUGUCAGCAUGGCGACCAGGAAUGCAUUGGAAAUCUCAUAGAGACAUGUGCCAUCAAUAUUCUGAAGGACAUCAAGGUGUAUUUUCCAUUCAUCAACUGCAUAGAGGGGAAAAGUGGCAUGCCUGAAAAAGAUGCUGAGGAGUGUGCCAGUCAGCAGCAGAUCGACCUGAACCCAAUUAUAACGUGUGCCAAUGGCCCUAUGGGGAACGCCCUGGAACACCAGAUGGCCCUACAGACAGACGCACUCAACCCGCCUCAUAAAUAUGUUCCCUGGGUUACACUCAAUGGGGUCCACACAGAAAAGUUGGAAAGGAAGGCUGAAGAAGACCUACUUAACCUCAUCUGUGAUACGUACAAGGGACCUACUCCCCAGAAAUGUCUCCAACGAUUCUCCAAAUCUAAAAGGUGCUACCAGGAUUAGCUGAAGGGAAAACAUGUAAUAUUAAUAGAUUUUGAUAUAAUAUAUGUUAUGAAUGUGACUGAUUUCAAAGUUUCAUGUAUAAUUAUGCAAAUUUUGGAUACCUGGUGACCGCAUAUUAUUUUGGUAUCAUUUGAGAAUAUUUUAUGAGUAGAAAAAUAAUAUGUGUAACAAAAAGCAUAUUGGAAGUAAAACGUUUUUGGCUUGGACUAAAACAAUAUUAAAAAUUGCACGUCCAUUUUUAGUAUAAAAACGCUCCAAGUUCAAAACGGCAGCAACUUUCUUAAUAACCUUAUUUUCCUCAUUUAUUUUACAUAUUAGUUGUCAGCAAUCAUUUAAUCAAGGGCAUUUCAAAUGAUUCCCAAAUAAGAUGGAAUACCUUCGGCAUUGAAAAAUAACAGUAUCACCAAAUGCAUAAUAGAAUGACAAGUUUAAUCAUACACUGAAUCCCUGAAUACAUUGUAUAUACGAUAAAGUGUAGACCAACGCUAAUUUUCAGGAUUUUUCUUUAUUUUGAAGACAAAGAUUACCUCGUUUAUUAUCCUCAGAACUCAUGCUAUAUCAUUGGUUAAUAUACAGAAAACAGUGUGGGAAAAUAGGCUGGCAAAAUUCAUAAGGCAUGAAUAUUCAUAUUCAUCUAACAGCUUUGUCCAUAUUGUCUGAGAAGUGUCUUGGGCAUCCAAUCAGACGUCUAGAUUUCAUCUCAUUAAUUAUUCAUGAGUAUGAGGUUUCUGCAGUCAAUUUUCCCAAUGGAGUUAUACGUAAUGUACAGCCUGGGUACUGGGGAUGGUUUUCUACUAUAUCAGAUAUCGUUCUGGUUGCUUGUUCCCACUGUGAUUAUGUGUUUGGCAUUAAAUGGUUUAUAUUUCAUAUCCUAAACUACUUGUUAAUUUAUUGAGAUGUUAAUGUUCAUGUAAUUUGUUCGUUAUAUUGUGCAAUAGUGUCAUUAAUUUUAUUGUUGAGUAUUUACUUUCUGUUAGUGUACACAUGAACGAUACCAGCUGAUAUAUGCAUGAUUUAGAAAUAUUAUUAUAAAGUUGUUGUGGAAAGAAAAUCAUGUAUAAUUUUGUUAUAUUUCUGGAAAUUUUAUUAAACUCAAAACAGCU